AUCAGUCCCUGGAGAAAGAAGAAGAAGAAACGCCUGAAUAGCAGAGGAACAUCAAAAGAUGAAGACAUGGAAGUUACGGCAGUUAAUGAAAUUCUUCAUAAUCAUGGCGAUUCUAUCUCCGAUUUACGCUUCCGAUCACACGACAAACGGAGGCGGAGGACACAGAGUAUUAUUGGGAUUCAAGGAAAAAUCAAAAGCAAGUAAUCUUACUUUUGACUGUUCUCCUUCUGGCGCUUGCGUUUCUUGCCUUUACUCUGAGAAGAGAGAUGACAAAUAUCGAUGUAGUGAGACUGGUUACCGAAUCCCUUUAAAAUGUGUAGAAGUUAAAGAUAAUACAAAGGAUGUAAAUGAGAAGAAAUCUCAAAAUCGUCGGUCUGUUGUGGAGAUCACUCAUGGUACUGCGAAACCGCAUACGACAUUACAUGACACUGCUUCUAGCAAGGACAGCAGUAUAAUAGACGAGGCUUCUAAGUUAGAGGAUGGAUCGCAGGGUUACAUUACAUAUAGAAGCUGUAUAUCACCAGUUAAUGAAGAGAAGGUGUCACUAUUGGGAUUUGAGGGAAUUGUUUUGUGUUUAUUCCUCAUAAGUGGUUCUGUUGUAUACUCCCGGAGAAAGCAGACUGCUGUCAUGACAGGAGUUGGAGGCGGCAGGAUCCAAAUGAGCUCCAGGUUUUGAAUGCAUUUUGAAGUUGUCAAGCUGUCUCCAGCUUUUUUUAAAAACAAAAUAUUAUUAUUAUUGUUAAUAUGAUAAGAAAUGUCUUAAUGCAAUUGCACUUCGCAAUGUAAUAGUAGUUAAUUGGUUUCUCCUGUAUUUGGAGCACUUGAUAUGUUGUAUUUUUUUUGUAGUGUUGUAUUUUUCUUUUCGCUUACUUUAGCUUUUGUGAAACUACCAUUGUAUUUUAGUUGAGAAGAAAUGACAUAAGUUUGGAGUA